CAAUGAACUAUGCAAUUAUUGUUACUUGUUAUCGUGCGUAUGUUAAUAAUAGUUAGACGGACGAUAUAUAUGGCUAUCAACAUAUAACCUUCAAGAACUUCUGGAAGUAACAGCAGUAGAGAUAAUGGCUCAAGCAGACAGCUACAGUGGGCUCAACAGAUGGAAUCUUCAGGGCAUGACAGCACUUGUCACUGGUGGAACCAAAGGACUCGGGCAUGCUGUUGUGGAGGAAUUGGCAGAGAUGGGUGCAUCUGUGCAUACAUGCUCUAGAAACGAAGCUGAGCUUAAUGAAUGCAUACGGGAAUGGGAAAUGAAAGGUUUUAAAGUCACUGGUACGGUAUGUGAUGUAUCAUCUCGUGCAGAAGGAAAGAAGUUAAUGGAUAGAGUGUCAUCUCUUUUCAAUGGAAAACUUAACAUCCUUGUUCACAAUGUUGGGACAAGCAGAGUAAAGCCGAUUAUAGAGCAAAAUGCUGAAGAUUUUUCAGUUGUCAUGACUACCAAUUUUGAGUCUGCUUACUACUUAUCUCAACUUGCAUAUCCUCUGUUGAAAGCUUCAGGAGCAGGAAGUAUUAUUUUCAUGUCCUCAGUCUGUGGUGUGGUAUCAGUAAGCGGUGAUGCCACUUAUUCAGCAACUAAAGGGGCUAUGAACCAACUUGCCAAGAAUUUGGCUUGUGAGUGGGCAAGAGACAACAUAAGGGCUAAUUCUGUCGCGCCUUGGCUCAUCAGAACUCCUCUAACAGCACCUCAUCUGGAUAAUGAGACUUUCAUGAAGGAGGUAGUCGUUCGAACUCCAAUGGGACGCAUUGGGGAGCCAAAGGAGGUUUCUUCCUUGAUAGCAUUUCUUUGUCUACCAGCAGCCUCGUACAUUACUGGGCAGACUAUUUGUGUUGAUGGAGGAUUUACAGUGAACGGGUUAUUCUUCCCAAGAAUUAAUAAUGUUGGAACAAAUAUCCGGAAACCAAUGGUAGAGUUCACAGCAGAGGAAUUUUCCACUCUCAUGGCCACAAAUUUUGAAUCUGUUUUUAACUUAUCACAACUAGCUUAUCCCCUGCUGAAAGCAUCUGGAGCAGGAAGCGUUGUAUUUACAUCUUCUGUGUCUGGUUUUGUCUCACUCAAAAACAUGUCUGUUCAGGGAUCAACUAAAGGAGCUAUCAAUCAGCUUACACGAAAUUUGGCUUGUGAGUGGGCAAAAGACAACAUAAGAUGUAAUGCUGUGGCACCUUGGUACAUCAAAACCUCAAUGGUGGAGCAAGUGCUUAGCAAAAAAGAAUAUUUGGAAGAGGUAUAUUCUGUAACUCCUGCUCGGCGCCUUGGAGACCCAACAGAAGUUUCAUCUCUGGUAGCAUUUCUUUGCUUACCUGCAUCAUCUUACAUCACUGGGCAGAUUAUCUGCAUUGAUGGGGGAAUGUCUGUGAAUGGUUUCUACCCAAUUCAUGAUUAGAAUGUUUUUUUCCUGUUAUUUCUUGCCUCUGUAUUCACCUUGGAUGGCAGUUGAUUUCUCAUAACUUCACAGAUGUCGUUUUCAAGCCUGAGAAUUUCUAGGCUUCAACUGUGGUCAAUUUGCCCUUUAAUGUUGGGCCUUGCACUUUCCAGUGGAGCAAUGCUUCUUUUCCUUUCCUUUUUUCCGUACUUCUUUCUCCCCUUCACCCUGACUUUUGUUGUCCCAUGCAUUUUUCUUAUUGUAAUAUCUUCUACUGUGGCAUGCCUGGCAGUGCUAAGCCUACUUGUGUUUCAUUCCUCUUUCCACAUUGGAUCAUGACCAUACUUUUUGAUCUUGAGACAGUCAGGCCGACAGCUUUAAGAGACUUCCUUCUUCAUGAUAAUAGCUAAUGACUUCAUCUCCUGUUGGAAGUUCUAGGGGAGCUAAAUAGCUAGACAUUCUCUUCAGUGUCUAUAAGUUGAUUGUAGUACAUCUCUCUCGUUUAAUUGCAGUUUUAUGGGUUGUAUCCUUG